AUGCACUUCACAACCCUCAUCGCAACUACUUUGGGGCUUCUGACCGCGGUCUCUGCGAUGGCGUCGUCAGCCUCACCCUCAGCAUCUCCCAGCUCGAUUCUGGCAGCCCCAUCCACCCCAAUCUCACUCCAUGCACCAAGACACCCUGCUCGAUUCGUCCGGCGAGUACUGCCGUCGUCUACGCCUGUGGCAUCUGUAUCCUCCAUGUCAUCGGCUACUCCUUCUGCUACUCCUUCCUCCGAAAUUAUGGGGAGGUAA